CAUGAGGCUUGCAUGAGGCUUGCUCAUGCAAGACUAACAGGUCACAUACAAGGGGGAACGCAUAUUAGGUGGAUUGGGAAGUCUGUAACCUCUAACUUCUUUGGCCAGUUAUGAAAGGAGAAGGGACAACACAUCAGGAAGAAUAAAAAAGAGGCUGUGAUUUCAGAUGGAUUGAGGGAAAAUGUCUCCAGUUGAAUCUCCCUUUGUUUGAAUAAAGGGAGCUCUCUUUUGCCUCUUUUUGGGAUUGUAUGGAUCUGUUGAGUCCCAGCCUGAAUCACUGAUUGCACAGCUGGGGAAAGGUCCUUGUCAGCCCUGAGAGCACAAAGCAAGGCAAUUAAGCUGUGUGCCUGGAAGGGGCGGAGCCUGGCUGCACCUCUCCUAGACCCCGUUUAAGGGCUGACUGCUAGCAUGAGGGGAUCUCUUGUUGAAAAUUCCUGCUCUGUGGAGCUUCUACAGUGAGCCUAGAUCCUUGGACAGAGGAGUUGGCCUUACUAUAAAUUGACAUUGUCUGAUCUGCUGUUGAGGGUGAAGACUGCGUUCCUAGAAAGGGAUGUGGGCUCCUGUUCUUCAGCCUUCUGCUUCUUAGAGGUGACAGAUGGAUGCUGUUCCAGCAUGGGUGUGCCCUACGCAUCAGUGCCUGUGGUAUAUGAGGUGGAGGUCAGGUGCCAUUUGGGACUGAGAAGUAACGCUGUGCCAGCCCCUUCACUAGAGACAAGAACGAAUCAAGCUGCCGACCGCUCGCCCAAAUCAUCCUGUGUUGAGGUGAAAUAGAUGCAUGCUCCUUGAAGGAUGAAUCGUUGGGCAAAAAACCAGCAAUCUCUCCAACUUGUAGAAGGCUUCUCCAUAUCUGUAUUUUUAAUUGUUCCAGCUUUGGGUACUGCAUGUUGGAAAUCCUGUCCUUUCACGUGAGAGCGUCUUAUGAAGAAUUCUGAUCUUGAUUUACAGAGUGAGUUACUUCCUUGCUGAAAAAGCGGACUGAUGCGUGGUAGAAUUAUAUGCAAGCACUAAGGUUAAAAGUAUUGGGGAACAGUCCAGUGCUGCCCUCUGAGAUGGCUUUGAAACCCCAGAAGUCACGUCUGUGUUUGCAUGGGCAUCCAUUGAGAGGUCUGUUUGCUGCUUGUGGUUAAUGGGGCCAAACAGCAGCAGGUGAAAGCACUCUGCAUGGUUCCUCACUGUCUCCAGAUCCCUUUGGCUGAGGGAGAAUUGACUCCAGCCCAGGUGAACCUGCCAGACAAAUAGCAGAAGGUAAAGUGCAGCGGAAGCAUCGCGUCUUGGAUCCCAGCACAGGGCUGGAGCCUGCUGACAUCCUGAGCAGCGUGAGAAGUCACUGCCUGGGAGCUGGGGGAGGCCAAGGGGGAUGAAUUCAGGAGAGAAAAAAGGCAUCCCUUUUCCUGUGCUCACCCAGAGAACGCAGGAAAAUAAAAUCAGUGUGGAGUGUGCUGAAGAAAAAUAUCCAGGUCAGGUGGAUUAGAAAGAGAUCCGGUACCAAAUACACAGGGACCAGGUGUUGUUUUUUCAAUGCUCUGUGCUCAUUGCAAGAAAAUCCACCCCAUAAACAUAGAACAAUAGAUGGAAGGCAGAAGGGUCCGGGGAGGGAUGGUGGUAAGCGAGGCAAUGCUGUAUCUUUAAUUUUCUUUUCUGAAGGAAGAAAGUCUGCAUAGCAAUGACAGGAGCACUUGUUCAUGCCUUUAAUGUGUGAUCUGUUUUCUCCAGUGGAGGGCACUCAGUGUAUCACAAACUAGAACAUUAGCACCAACAAGCUCCAAAGCAUCAUCACUCUCUGGAAAGCCUUCUGAAUUAGACAGGAGCUGCCUCUCAGCACAGCUACAAAACACUUUAAACCUGACCAGCUAAAUGGAUAAAGCUAUCCUGCACAGUCUUUAACUGGGGGGUUACACGGCACGGGAGGCCUGCCUGCUUCGGGAGCUGGGAGCUGGAGAUGGAUUGCUGUGUCUGGGAAUGGCAAAAGGCAGCAGAAUGAGAGAUGCUAGGGAACUUUGUGUGGGGCUCUGGCAUGCACGCUGGAUGGCGGUGAUGCGAGCGGCAGCCGUGCUGUGACAUGAAGAUUUUGAUGGUUUAAGGAAAAGAGCAGUUUUAAAAAGAAGAGAGAGGCAAAGGGGAAAAAGGCAAAAAGGGGAAGAGAGAGCAAAGAAAACAGCUGGCGAGAGGAAGAGGAGGACGGUUGUUGGUGACAAAAGGAUGGGUUUCCAUUUAAUUAAGCAGCUGAGGGGCAUGAGUGUGGUGUUAGUGCUACUUCCUGUGGUGCUGCUUGUUGUGCUUGCGGGGGCUCAGCGAGCUUGCCCCAAGAACUGCAGAUGCGAUGGCAAGAUUGUGUACUGCGAAUCUCACGCGUUCAGAGACAUCCCUCAGAAUAUUUCUGGAGGGUCUCAAGGCUUAUCGUUGCGGUACAACAGCAUUCAGAAGCUUAAAUCGAAUCAGUUUGCGGGCCUCAAUCAGCUCAUAUGGCUUUAUCUUGACCAUAAUUACAUCAACUCCGUGGAUGAGGAUGCAUUUCAGGGGAUCCGCAGGCUGAAGGAAUUAAUUCUGAGCUCCAACAAAAUUACCCAUCUGCACAACAAAACGUUUCACCCAGUCCCCAACCUCCGCAACCUGGACCUCUCGUACAACAAGUUGCAGGUGCUGCAGUCUGAGCAGUUCAAAGGCCUUCGUAAGCUCUUGAUCUUGCAUUUGCGGUCUAACUCACUGAAAUCCGUCCCGAUCCGAGUUUUCCAAGACUGCCGUAACCUCGAUUUUCUGGAUUUGGGCUACAAUCGCCUGCGGAGCUUAUCCCGAAAUGCUUUCGCUGGCCUUUUGAAGUUGACGGAGCUCCAUUUGGAGCACAACCAGUUUUCUAAGAUCAAUUUCGCCCACUUCCCACGCCUCUUCAACCUUCGCUCAAUUUACUUGCAGUGGAAUAGGAUCCGGUCUAUCAGCCAAGGGUUAACGUGGACUUGGAGUUCCUUGCACAACUUGGAUUUAUCAGGAAAUGACAUUACAGGGAUAGAGCCUGGGACGUUCCAGUGCCUCCCCAACCUACAAAAGUUGAACCUGGAUUCCAACAAACUCACCAACAUCUCUCAGGAGACCAUCAAUACAUGGAUCUCACUCAUCUCCAUCACUCUAUCCGGAAAUAUGUGGGAAUGUACUCGAAGCAUUUGCCCUCUGUUCACUUGGCUUAAGAAUUUCAAGGGAAAUAAAGAAACCACUAUGAUAUGUGCAGGCCCUAAACAAAUCCAGGGUGAAAAAGUGAGCGAUGCUGUGGAGACAUACAAUAUCUGUGCCGAAAUCCAGGUGGUGGUUACUGAAAGAUCAUAUCAGGCUCCCAGAACCCCCCAGAGACCUGUCUUUAUUCCUAAGCCUACCGUUUCCAAACUUGAAAGCAAUCAGCCAACGUCUGUGGUGCCAAGCCCCUCCACUGACCUCCCAACACCUGCAGUGGAACCCGAAUACGAGCACGUUUCCUUUCACAAAAUCAUUGCUGGGAGCGUGGCCCUCUUUCUUUCCGUGGCCAUGAUUUUGUUGGUUAUCUACGUGUCAUGGAAGCGCUAUCCAGCCAGCAUGAAGCAGCUCCAGCAGCACUCACUCAUGAAGAGGCGCAGGAAAAAGGCCAGGGAGUCUGAAAGGCAAAUGAACUCCCCUUUACAGGAGUAUUACGUGGACUACAAGCCAACAAACUCUGAGACCAUGGAUGUAUCCGUUAAUGGAUCUGGGCCCUGCACGUAUACCAUCUCUGGCUCCAGGGAAUGUGAGGUCCCUCACCACAUGAAGACUUUACCCUACUACAGCUACGACCAACCAGUGAUCAGCUACUGCCAAGCCCACAAACCCCUCCACGUCAACAAGGGCUACGACAGCAUGGCCCGAGAGCAGCCAGAGCCCACCAACCUGGAACUCAGUCGGGACCACAGCUUCAUAGCCACAAUCGCACGCUCAGCGGCUCCGGCCAUCUACAUUGAGAGAAUACCAAAUUAGGGCCGGAGGCAGCGGGGAGCUCUUCCGAAGGACCUUUCAGCUCAGAAGAGAGCAGGGCCAGGAGCUAAAAUCCACCGUUCCACUUCGAGAUGUUCCAACACAGACCACGGGAAGGGGAUAAAGCAGACCCCGCAGACUGGAAAUGCUGUCUUGCAGUACACACUGAGAACUUCAGGAUUUUCUUUGCUUUAAACUUUCGAACAAAUUCCUCAAUGUAAAUAUUAAAGAGAGAUUGUUGAGUUCUUAUUAAAAAAAAAAAAAAAAAUAGAUUUCACUCUAGCUACAUAAAGGGAUGGAUUAAGAGUUUUGUUUGUAUAUUUGAUUUUUCUACAUUGCACGGUUCCAGGGAAGGAGAACCACAGGUAAAAAAUA